CGUGCGUCCUGUGCCCGCCGCGGCGGUGCCGAGCCCGCCGGCUCCCGAUUGUCCUUCGCGGCCCGCGGUCGCUGUCUCCUGCCCUCAAAGCCCGCGGCUGCCAGGGCCAGAGCGAGCGCACCUUCCGCGGCCACGGCUGCCCAGAGCAGAAACAGCCUGCGUGACAUAUAAAUCUUGGUGGACGGUGCGGGCUGUGGAGCUGGAAUUCCCCGGGGCUGUCUGAGCCAGAGUGUGGAGCGGGCCCCAUCCUGCUGCCUGCAUCAUGCCAGCUCUGUCAGCAGGAUCUGGGAGUGACACAGGUCUGUAUGAGCUGUUGGCUGCUCUGCCAGCCCAGCUGCAGCCACAUGUGGACAGCCAGGAAGACCUGACCUUCCUCUGGGAUAUGUUUGGUGAAAAAAGCCUGCAUUCACUAGUCAAGAUUCAUGAGAAACUACACUACUACGAGAAGCAGAGCCCUGUGCCCAUCCUCCACGGUGCAGCGGCCUUGGCCGAUGACUUGGCUGAAGAACUUCAGAAUAAGCCAUUAAACAGUGAGAUUACAGAGCUGUUGAAACUACUGUCAAAACCCAAUGUGAAGGCUUUGCUCUCUGUACAUGAUACUGUGGCCCAGAAGAGCUAUGACCCUGUGUUGCCUCCUAUGCCUGAUGAUAUUGAUGAUGAGGAAGACUCAGUAAAGAUCAUCCGUCUAGUCAAAAAUAGAGAACCACUGGGAGCCACCAUUAAGAGAGAUGAGCAGAGUGGGGCCAUCAUUGUAGCUCGAAUCAUGAGAGGAGGAGCUGCGGACAGAAGUGGUCUUAUUCACGUCGGUGAUGAACUAAGGGAAGUGAAUGGGAUACCAGUUGAGGAUAAAAGGCCAGAGGAAGUAAUACAGAUUUUGGCGCAGUCUCAGGGAGCAAUUACGUUUAAGAUUAUACCCAGCAUCAAAGAGGAGACACCAUCUAAAGAAGGAAAGGUGUUUAUCAAAGCCCUCUUUGACUACAACCCUAAUGAGGAUAAAGCAAUUCCUUGUAAGGAAGCUGGACUUUCUUUCAAAAAGGGAGAUAUUCUUCAGAUAAUGUGCCAAGAUGAUGCAACUUGGUGGCAAGCGAAGCAUGAAGGUGAUGCCAACCCCCGGGCAGGCUUGAUUCCCUCCAAGCAUUUCCAGGAAAGGAGGUUGGCACUGAGACGGCCAGAAAUAUUAGUGCAGCCACUGAAAAUUUCCAACAGAAAAUCAUAUGAGGAAACAUUUGAGUGUGAGGAAAAUAAAGCUGGUUUCAGAAGAAGCUUCCGUCUUAGUAGAAAAGACAAGAAAACAAACAAGUCCAUGUAUGAAUGCAAGAAGAGUGACCAGUAUGACACGGCCGACGUGCCUACGUAUGAGGAAGUGAUGCCCUACCGGCGCCAGACCAACGAGAAGUACAGGCUGGUGGUCCUGGUUGGUCCUGUAGGAGUGGGUCUGAAUGAACUGAAGCGCAGGCUCCUGGUCAGCGACACGCAGCACUACGGUGUGACUGUUCCCCACACCACCAGAGCAAGAAGAAGCCAGGAGAGUGAUGGUGUUGAAUACAUUUUCAUUUCCAAGCAUUUGUUUGAGACAGAUGUGCAAAAUAACAAGUUUAUUGAAUAUGGUGAAUAUAAAAACAACUACUACGGCACCAGCAUAGACUCAGUUCGGUCUGUCCUAGCUAAAAAUAAAGUUUGUCUGUUGGAUGUUCAGCCUCAUACAGUGAAACAUUUAAGGACACUAGAAUUUAAGCCCUACGUGAUAUUUAUAAAGCCUCCAUCAAUCGAGCGUUUGAGGGAGACAAGAAAAAAUGCAAAGAUUAUUUCUAGCAGAGAUGAACCCGCGGCUCCGAAGCCCUUUACAGAAGAAGAUUUUCAAGAAAUGAUUAAAUCUGCACAAAUAAUGGAAAGCCAGUAUGGUCAUCUGUUUGACAAAAUUAUAAUAAAUGAUGAUCUCACCAUGGCAUUCAAUGAGCUAAAAACAACAUUUGACAAAUUGGAGACAGAUACCCAUUGGGUCCCGGUGAGCUGGUUACAUUCAUAACUAAGGAAAGUUUCUGUACUCAUAUUUUUUGCAGAGUGCAUGAUUAAAUCAACUUCCAUUUUGGUGACUGGGACUUUUUUUUUUAUCUACAUCAUAGUCAAUAGAUGUGCAAUCUGUUAAAUUUGAUGUUGGUUUGUUUGUAAUUUUUUCAAAUAUAGCAUUUGAGUGUUAGCUCCAAAAUCAGAAUUUGCUGUGCACUGUAUUCUGAACAAAGCAUUAAGCCUCCAUUAAGUCUUUCGGAUGUAGCUUUUUUCUAAGAUGAAGUGAGAGAGAGUGAGCUAGGGAAUAUAUGCUGGAAUUCAGUACUUCCACUGGUCUCAGACAUCUGCCAUCAAGUCUGUAUAUUAGUGGUUGUAGGUGGUGUUAACCUGACAGCCUAGAACAUCUUCUGUUAGAAAGCUGUUUUCUGGGUGUGUCAUUAUAGACUAAGGAGGAAUCCUCUUUCUGUUCCAAAAGUGCAGCCUUCCUCCUAUGCAUACACAAUACUCAUGAUAUAUGCAUUUAAAAACCAUCAGAAAUUACCAAAAAUUUGCCUUAGUGUAAGUGGUCUUGGAAUAUUAUGAAGACCUUAUGAAUACUUAUCAGUGACUUAACACAUUUAAUAAGGGAAAUCGACUUUAAAAAAUAGUAUAUAUCUACCUAAAAUUUUUUCCUGACUGUGUCAGAUUUAGUAAGCCUGGCACUGUCUUGGAGCAAAUAAUAAUUACAAAGGCCACUUCUGUUGGUAAAUCCUCAUAUGACAAAUUUGGUGUCACCAAAAAGUUGUUUGUUUUUUAACUAACUGAAUUUCCCAGCAAACUAUAAAAAUGUGAUUAUUAUUCUAAAAGUUACUGAUACAGUUAUGGAAAAUGUGAUCAUUUUCAAAUAUGUGCAAACUGGACACCAUAUAUUUAAUUUGCAAUAAGAUAUAUUUUAGAAAACUUUUCAUACAAUGUUAACUUAUUUUUCAUCUUCAUAAAAAUUCUUAAAAUUGACAGAUACCAUUGUAACCUUGGCAUUUUAAAAGAAGUUUAAUAAGAAUUCCUACAUUGUAAAUAUUUAGAUGGGAUCUGUCAGUUUUCUUUGAUACUACAAAUCAUUAGCAAACAAAUUAUAUCAUUCAAAAUACUAGACAUGUCUGUAAGUUGUAUAAAAUGUCCUGCCAUUCUUGCAUGUUGUAAGACUUGCCAAUCUUGAAUCAUUGCAUCUGUGAGUUGCAAACAGAAAAGAUUAUUUUUUGUUGAUUUGUAAAGAGAGUUUAGAUGUUAUGUUUAAAAAAUAGAAUG